CAUAACUUCCGUUGAGAGAAAGCACGUGUAUCCGGAUAUCAGAGUGACAGGAAAGUCGACAAAAUGCCGAAGUCAAAGAGAGAUAAAAAGAUCUCUUUAACCCAGACAAAGAAGAAAGGAUUGGAACUGAAGCAGAAACUAAUUGAAGAGAUUCGAAGUUGUACAGAAAAAUAUGUCAGAGUUUUUACAUUUUCUGUACAUAAUAUGAGAAAUGUGCAAUUAAAAGAAGUACGCAAUGAUUGGCAUAGUAGCAGAUUUUUCUUUGGCAAAAACAAGGUUAUGUCCCUUGCCCUUGGUAGAACAGCAGAGGAUGAAUGCAAGGAUAACAUACACAAGCUAAGCUCUCAGCUCCACGGUCAGACAGGCCUGCUCUUCACCAACAAGCCAAAAAAGGAAGUUUUAGACUACUUUGAUGGUUACCGUAUGCCAGACUAUGCUAGAUCAGGAAAUAUCGCUACACAGACUGUGCACUUAGAACAGGGACCCAUGCCAGAGUUUUCUCAUUCUAUGGAACCUCAGUUGCGCCAGUUGGGUCUGCCAACAAGUCUACAGAGAGGUACUGUGACGCUAUUACGGGAACACAAAGUCUGUGAGAAGGAUGAUGUUCUGACACCAGAACAAGCCAGAAUAUUAAAAUUAUUUGGUCACAUGAUGGCAGAGUUUCACAUCACAGUAGAAGGAGUGUGGGAGAAAAACAAGUGGAAAGUGUUAGCAGAACGGCCUGUGCCUAUAGUGCCCCCCAAAGUCACUGUCAGACCCAAGAAAAAGAGUGAUGAUGACGAUGACGAGGCUGCAAUGGAAGAUUUAGAGGAAGGCGACGAUAAGAUAGAGAGUGAUGAAGAAACUUGAUUUUUGUUGUCAUCUUUGUGUACGUAUUAAAAAUGUCCUUGUCAAA